UUAUCAAAUUUCCAUAAAGUUCUGCGUUCUGCGCAUACGCAGAAAAGAAAAACAAGUUGUUAAUCAUGCUGUUGUUUGCACAACUAUUAAUUUGAAUUAUUUACCCACACAUUAAGUUCCCAUUUACUUUCUGCUCGUUUUCAAAUGUAUUUAUAAGUACUUUGAAACUUUGAACCUGGCUAUUUUAUUGUCUAAUGAACAAUGACGUGUACCUAUAAUGUAUUUGUAUUACAAACUGCAAAACAUUUACAUUUGAUAGGAUAGGAACCCAAAAUAAAAGUAUUCAAUAAAUACGCUACACGUCCUAUCUCAAAUUUUGGCAUUGAAUAAGUCCAAAAAGUGUCUUCUGGCGAUUCUAACCUCAAAAUCCUAGUUAUUUUGUGAAAUCUUUUGUGAAUGUGAAUGCACGAACGCGACUUUCAUUUUCAUUUUCAUUGUGGCAUUGCACUUCUGAUAUGAAUAUACCCUACGGAAAACUGUUAGUGUACUUUUUAACUUUCCUGGGAUAUAUUUAUUCUGGGUAUGGUUCGGGGUUUCUUUCUAAUCUACGGGAGGCCGUUCUAACAGCAGAGACUGUAUUUGGUGAAGUUUUCAAGAAUGUUAUGGAUGUUGCCAAGAAAUUUCGAACAAUGCACGAUGUUUUCGACGCGGCCGUCGAAGAGGAAUGCAUUUUUAAAUGCCCGAAUAAUGAACAACCCAAACCGAACAAACACCACACUCCUUCGGCAGAUGGUUGCGGAAGUUUGGGUCUAUCCAUAUCCUCUGAGUACUUACCGCUUGGAGAAAUGAAAAAAUGCUGUGAUGCUCACGAUAUCUGCUACGAUACGUGCGGAAACGAUAAAGAAGUUUGCGACAUUAAUUUCAAAAGAUGUCUGUAUAAAUACUGUGAGACAUACGACAAGUCUGUAGCGGGAAAUACUGUAGUAAAAACAUGUAAAGGUGCAGCUAAAAUGUUGUUUACUGGUACUUUAACGCUUGGUUGCAAGUCGUAUCUAGACGCUCAGACAGAAGCGUGUUAUUGUUCGUCAUCAGGACGAAAGGAUAAGAAAAGCAAAAAAUACAGUAGCGGAGGAAGUAAGGAGCUUUAGAUAAUACUGUUUUGUUACGUUUAUUUAUUUAUUUCGUUAAUAAAAAAGUUUUGUUUUGU